GGAAGCGAGUUUCGGCAAACAUGGCGUCGGCGGUGCUGGCUCUACGGACGCGGAUAGCUGCCCUGCUGAGCCCGCCUCAGGCCGCAGCUCUUGCCGUCAGAUAUGCAUCCAAGAAGACAGGUGGCAGCUCCAAAAACCUUGGUGGAAAGUCACCAGGCAGACGCUUUGGCCUCAAGAAAAUGGAGGGUCACUAUGUUCAUGCUGGCAACAUUCUUGCGACUCAGCGCCACUUCCGUUGGCACCCAGGCGCCCACGUGGGGCUGGGGAAGAGGAAGUACCUGUAUGCCCUGGAGGAGGGGGUAGUCCGCUUCACUAAGGAGGUCUACGUGCCCAAUCCCAGCAACUCGGAAGCUGUGGAUCUGGUUACCAGGCUGCCCAAGGGUGCUGUGCUCUACAAGACUUUUGUUCACGUGGUUCCUGCCAAGCCUGAGGGCACCUUCAAACUGGUUGCUAUGCUUUGAACUCCUGGUUGAGGCCAUUGGACAGAGACUGGAGCCCAGCUCACAGGAGAGGGUGGUACCAGGAGAAGUCAAGGGUUAGGGUGAUGACAUGGCCUCCUGAGGAAGAAGUCUGCUUGAUGGUGACUGCAGGACACUCUGUGAAGUGACUGACUGGGAAACCCCUUGGGAGACCUGACCUGAGCCAAAAAUAAAGUUAGCUGGAGUCAUGA